UGAUUUCAUUCUAUUUAUUUCCUUUGUUUUUAAAAACUCCGCAGGUAGAAUUGUCAUUAGUGAUGACAAAUCGCUUGAAUGUAGCGGAGAAUGGUCCUGAUGAGGCCUGGUUUCGGGAGCUUUCCGAGAUUCUGAAAGGUGAUCAGCCUGCUGAUGUUCUUUCAAAGCUUGUGGACAGGAUUAAUAUUUCAAAGCUUGGAGAUGCAACUUCAAGGUUGUUCCAUAGUUUGAGUGAUGAGAAUGAUCCUGGCUGUAGACUACGUCACGUUGUUUUCACUUCCAUCUUGAAUCGGUUGAAACAGUCGUCACCGCGACAAUCUUCGGACGCUGUCGUUUGUGCUGUCCAAUUCUCCGCCGAGUCCUUUCCUCCACUGCUUUUAGUAAAAGCCAUCAAAGACUUAACCAACUGGAUCAUCAACGGAUCAGCGGAUCCGAACGUUGGUCAAUGGCUAGAAGUGUUCCCCAAGCUUCUCUCGCUCAUCUCGGAAGAAACCUCGGUUCCAGACGGUCCCGACAGGAUCAAGGGCUCGGACUAUCUUCGGAAAGUCGUGUGCAUGAUCACGAGCGAAUCCUGGGCACAAUCGCAAGCAGUGAGGAUAUCUUCGGCUCUUUUGGAACUGGAUUUGAUGCCGGAUGAGACGAAUGCGGUUACGAAGAAGCUCGAGCAUUGUUUGAUCGGGGCGAGUUUGCAAGACUUGCCUGCGAUUGCGAUGCGAUUGAUAACGACUGAGAAUUACUCGAGGACCCAGACUCUGUUGCAUUUGUUGUCGUCUACGUUUGCGUCUCGACUGAAUGAUUCUAUUCGGGAUACGCCGGAUAAUCCAGAAACCAUCAGCCUCGCGACAACAUCGACUGCAGAGGAACGAGAGAUCCAAGAAUGCAUCGGUACUAUGGUCCUCCAAGUGUGCUCUUUAGUCGAUGGUCCAGUCGGCGAUGAAUUGGUGAAAUUAUCCAAAGAUAGCUGCCUGUUCCCAGCAUCCAUCCUCACACCUUUUACACUGUCCCUGUUUGUCGCUAUGGCGAUGAAGGAGAAGUAUUCUUGCAUCCUGGAGAACAUCGUCGCUGCUUUCGUAGCUCAUUUCGCGUUGAUCGAGCAGAUGAAAGACCACGUCGGGAUGCGAGAACUCGGUGGAAAAGUGGACUGGAAUCCCACGAAAGUCGUCAGAGAGGCUGUUGAAAUUGGAGAACGAGCGGGUUGCGAGCCGAUAGAACAAGGUCUGUUGUCUUUGGCGUUCGCGUUGGUGAAAAGUGCUGGGAAGGAGGAUGCUGCUGCAGCCUUUGGUGCUUCCCAGUUGGCAACUGAGAUACUCGUCAGACUCGUCAAGAGAGAGUCCACGUCGACGGUGCUGAGUACUUUUUCGUACCUCAUCAGUACUUCGGCGAACCAACGACUGCUUGCUGACGUGUUUUCCAGGUUGGUCAAGAGUGCGGGUCGAUCCCUGAUAACGAACGGAAUAGGGGAACUCAAAUCGCUUUGUUUGAAAUUGGGGAAGCUGCCUUUGUCUGUUGCCUACUCCGUGAUGCACGCAUUAGCGGGUCUGUUGAAAUUCUCCCAACCACUCAAGGAUGCUUACAUCAUCGCAUUGAAGAAGACUCUGUUUUCAAAGCACAAGAAUGAUAGACUAGUCGGAGUUUCCGGCAUACUCAUGCUCGUGGAGAACUGCAAGAUUUUCGGCACCUCCAGAGGCCUUUCCACUACUCAAGACGUCAAUUUCUCUUUGACUCAACAAGUGAACGACGUCUUUGCGAGACCGACGCAGUUCGGAGCAUCGAAGCAAGAAGCCGCAGUGAUUUUAGUACGAGAUGCCUUGUUUACACUCAGAAUUUGCCUGUCGCAAAAGGCUGAAGUGAAGGAAAUUCUCUACCGAGGUCUAACUGAAGCUGUGCGAAAAAAUCCAGAGCUUGGCAAAUACGUGCUGAACUUCGUUCUGCCGACCUUGAAGAAAUAUGUCGUCGAUGCUGAUGAGGAUCCGGACGGACGGAGAGGCAGUCAAGCAUUUCCUCCGUUCGACGUGAAUGCUUGCAUAGUUCCAGUGCGCGACGAAGGAUUCGCCCUCUUGGAACCCGUCGGCGACCUCUUAACGUUAGUCGCUGAAUGCGUUUCCUGCGAAGGCGGCAACGCGGAGAAUUUCACAGCCAGAACCUCGGUGAACGUGGAAAAUGCUCAGAAGCUGGUGGGAAACGUUUCGGGGGCGUACGCGGAGGCGGACGUGACCAAAUUGAUCCCGGAUGACGCCGACUUGAGUCCUUACACCAACGGCGGACAGUUUAAUGUCGUGUGGAAGGAAGCCGGAGGUGCAGCACUUUCCACGCAGUCGGCAUUAGAAAUCUUGGAGUACUUCAAGCUGCACAGUAAAGUACACGACAAAUUGCUGGAAAAGGAAAAAUCGGGGGCAAAGGCGAAGAAAAAUGCUCAACCUCAAAAUAGUCAGGAUACCGAAAGAAAAGCUGUUCUCAGACUCCGUCCCUACGAAUUCUCCUUUUCUGCGCAUUUUCUGGAAUCCUGCCUCUGCGCACUUUUCGGCGAUGAUGACCCCGAUCACAUGGAAGGUCUGCCGAAAUUACGCGCGGAUCCGGGUUUCGUUUGCACAAUUCUGUCUGCUUGGCAAGAGAAGCUGAGUUGUCAGCCCGGUUGUCAAAUGCUCAAGAUUCCCGUUUUGCAGAGCAUAGGCAAAGUUCUUUUGUCCCAUUGCGACGAUUUGUACGCGUCAACUGAGGACUCGGAUCGCAACGAAGUUGCCAUGAGUUUGGAGUGUUUGGGUCUGGCGAUGAAACUGGUGCAAGACGUUCAUCCGCAGAAAUUCUGGACGCACCUUUGCGUCAUUGGUCAGCAUUUUCGCGUUCUAUUUUUAGCUGGAAGUCCUCCUCCACAGACGGAUAGAAACGGACAGGAGAUCCGAAGCUCAAAGUUGUUGCUGGAUACUGCGAAAAUUCAGUGUCAAGUUUUUAAAAAAGUUGUAGGAAACGUGCUGGACGAUGAUGAGAAAGUGGCUGGUAGAGCCGUGGCGCCAGCAUUGAAUCUCAUCACUGCUCUAUGCCGCCUAACCUGUGAAUUUGAAACCGAAUUCACGAAACAGACUGCGGAUUGGCUCGUGUCCAUGUUCGAAAAAGAAGGGAAAUCGUUGGACGGAUCCGGAAUCCGCGCCAUGUUGACAGCCUGGUGCAGCAUGACGCUCAUGGGUUGCCAAACCCCGCAUUCCUCCAAACAUUUGGCAGACAGGAUCGUGUCAAUUGUCGGGGCCUAUGCUGACUGCGACGACGCGUCUGUUGUGGAGAACCCCGGGGGAUUUGGCAUGUUGCAGGACAAGGCCUGGGUCACACCUGCCACCUUGGCCCUCUGCGGGUUCCUGGAUAAAAUGUCCGACUCGGGGUCGAUCAUUGUCAACAGACUGAAGAGAAUUUUGCCGCUGUCCCUGAAGGAAAAUGCACCUUUCUACGUGACACCGAGUAUCACGGACAUUGAGUCCAAGGUUUGCGUGCAAAUUGGGCUUCCUUGCUUUUUGCAUGGAACUCUGAUUAUCGGUAAAAUCGGACAAGUCGGUGUUGAUACUUUGAGCAAGUCAAUCGUGAAGUCAAUUAAUGUGCAGACGAAUUUGGCGCGAUAUUUGAUGCUGAAAUACGUGAAGAUGAAGAAUGAUGCUCAUUUGCCGCCGAAAUAUGUCCGGAAAGUUGUGCAGUGCGAAAAUUUACCGAGGAAACGAAAGGCGGAUCCGAGCACUGAACACGCCAGGGUUCGCAAGAUGGCUAAGAAAUAUUCCGACAUGAUUUUCGGCGUCGAGAGAUACGAGCAAGUUUUGCUGCAGCUCUCGAAAAAGUGUCACGUGAAUUUGUUGGAAGGCGCGAGGUUGCCGACAGCCAGAGAUUUCAAGAUUGAUCGCAAUGUGCUGUUGGAAGAGCUCGGGGAUCAAGUGGAAGCUGAAGAUGAUGAGGCACCAAAUUUGAGUGUGCCGACUACAUCAAAUUCUCAGGCUGAGGAAGAAGCUGUUGCAGAAACUCCAUUGCCGCAGGCGAAGAAGAGGAAGACGUUGGGACCAAAAAGGAAGAAGACCAUGACUGCUACUGCGAGUGAUCAUUCCAAUUUGAAGAAAUUCACUGCUGACCUGAUUUUUGCAAGCGUGGCGAUCGAAGAUGGCCACCAAUGCUCUUCCAUUUAUUCAUGA